GCGGAAAGCUGCAGAGCUAAGGGCACUCACUUCCUAUUCACCAGUCAGCGGGGAGGAAUCCUCUCAGCAGCCACGUAGGCAUUCUCUUCUCUCUGGAGGAAAAGGCCCAGCAGCUGUCGGACGAAAAGGCUCACCAGCUGUCAGAGCAAAGGGACAUGUCGCAGCUAAGUAAGAAUUUGGGUGAUUCGAGUCCCCCGGCGGAGGCCCCUAAGCCUCCGGUCUAUAGCCGCCCUACGGUUCUGAUGCGGGCCCCGCCUGCCUCCUCCCGGGCUCCGCCAGUCCCUUGGGAUCCACCUCCAAUUGAUUUGCAGGCUUCACUGGCCGCUUGGCAGGCACCUCAGCCUGCCUGGGAGGCCCCGCAGGGCCAGCCGCCUGCCCCCGUGGCUCCGAUGGCCCAACCUCCAGCCCUUGGGGCUCCGAUGGUCCAGGCUCCCCCUCUGGGAGGGCCGAUGGGCAAGCCUCCGACUCCCGGAGUCCUGAUGAUCCAUCCUCCCCCUCCGGGAGCCCCGAUACCCCAGCCUCCGACUCCGGGAGUCCUGAUGAUGCAUCCUUCGGCUCCCGGAGCCCCCAUGGCCCACCCUCCUCCUCCGGGGACCCCAAUGGCCCACCCUCCCCCUCCUGGGACCCCGAUGGCGCAUCCUCCCCCUCCUGGGACCCCAAUGGCCCACCCUCCCCCUCCUGGGACCCCGAUGGUCCAUCCUCCCCCUCCUGGGACCCCGAUGGCGCAUCCUCCCCCUCCGGGGACACCGAUGGCUCAUCCUCCCCCUCCGGGGACCCCGAUGGCCCAUCCUCCGCCUCCUGGGACGCCGAUGGCCCAGCCUCCAGCUCCAGGAGUCCUGAUGGCCCAGUCUCUGACGCCGGGAGUCCUGAUGGUCCAGCCGCCUGCACCAGGAGCACCGAUGGCCCAGCCUCCACCCCCCGCAGCGUUGAUGGCCCAGCCUCCGCCUCCAGUAGCCCCGAUGGCCAAGCCUCCAGGUCCUGGAGUCCUGAUGAUCCAUCCUGCAGGCUCGAGAGCUCAGAUCACCCAGCCUCCAGCUACAGGAGCACCGAUGGUACAGCCGGCAGCCCCACCUGCGCAGCCGAUGGCUUCCUGGGCCCCACAGGCUCAGCCCCUGAUACUUCAGAUCCAGUCACAGGUUAUAAGGGCUCCUCCGCAGGUUCCCCAGGGCCCGCAAGCCCCGCCGGCGCAGCUGGCCACACCCCCGGGCUGGCCAGCCACCUCGCCGGGCUGGCAGGCCCCGCCGCAAGGCUGGCAGGCCACGCCCCUGGGCUGGCAGGCCACACAGGUCACCUGGCAGGCUCCCACGAUUGCCUGGCAGGCUCCUCCACCUGUGCGCCAGGGGCCACCACCCAUCCGCCCUGGCCCUCCGCCCAUCCGUCCAGGUCCCCCACCUGUGCGCCAGGCCCCGCCCCCAAUCCGCCAGGCACCACCACUGAUCCGCCAGGCACCACCACCCAUCCGACCUGCCCCACAGGUCCUGGCCACCCCACCACCUCUCUGGCAGGCCCUGCCACCCCCACCCCCUCUGCGGCAGGCCCCGCAGGCUCGGCUGCCCACCCCACAGUUGAGGGCAGCCCCGCAGGUACGAGCAAUUCCACCAAUUCGGGCGGCCCCGCAGGUGCCAACUGCCCCACCAGCACCGCAGAUGCCCACUGCACCUCCUGCUGGCCCGCAGGCACCCCAGCCUGUGAUGCCAGCCCCUCUGCCGGCGCCACUGUCGGCCCCACAGGCUGCGCACUGCCCACCCAUCAUUUGGCAGGCCCCAAAAGGACAAGCCCCGGUGCCACAUGAGAUGCCGUCGUCGAUGGAGUUCCAGGAAGUGCAGCAAGCCCAGGCCCUGGCCUGGCAGGCUCCAAAGGCCCCGGGGCACUUCUGGCAGCCUCUGCCCACCCAGGAGGCCCAGAGGCAGGCCCCCUCACUGGUUCAGCUGGAGCAGCCCUUUCAGGGGGCCCCCACCUCCCAAAAGGCCCUGCAAAUCCAGCUACCCACCCAGCAGGCCCAGCCCUCGGGCUCGCAGGCAGAGCUGCCAUCCCUGCAACUCCAGCCCUCCUGGCAGGGCCCCCCCGCAGCCCUGCAGGGCCAGCCCGGAGCACCCUUAGCGGGAGCAAAUUUUCCCAUGGGCUCCGCUAAAUCAUUGAUGACUCCAUCAGGAGAAUCCAGGGCCUCAUCUAUAGACCGAAGGACCUCUUCAAAAGAGCGUAGGACCUCUUCAAAGGAAAAGGAGCGCAGGGCUCCUUCGAAGGACCGCAUGAUCUUUGGAGGCACUUUUUGUCUUCCCAGAGCAUUGCCAGGUGCCCUGCCAACUCCCUGGAAAAACUUGCCUGCCACAUCAGAGACCUUCACUGCCACCCCAAGGGUCUUUCCAUCUACCUCCCAGUUCCAGCCUUCCUCUUCUAAUGCCUUUAAGGGUCCAUCUUCCACCUCAGACACCCCAAAGUCACUGCCACUUGCUCUGCAGGAUCCAUUUGCCUGCAUUGAGGCCCUGCCUGCCAUCCCCUGGGUUCCACAGCCCAAUGUGAAUGCCUCAAAGGCAUCCAGGGCAGUGCCCACCAUCCUGAUGGCGACAGCAGCUGCCCCGAAGGCGAUGGCCACCACUCAAGAGGCAUCAAAGACCUCCGAUGAGCCUCCGCGGCGCUCAGGCAAGGCCACCCGGAAGAAGAAGCAUCUGAACACGGAAGAGGAAGGCAGUGGCCAGAUGCUGACCAUGCGUCACUGGCAGGCCCCCAGGCACUGGGAAAGUCUGGACUUGAGUGACUGGGAGGUUCAAACCCCAGUCCAGGUUCUGGGUGACUGGGAGGGUCCGAGCACUUCCCGUGGCCUUAGUGGCUGGGAAGGUCCUAGUACCUCCAGGAUCCUGAGUGGCUGGGAAGGGCCCAGCACUUCCUGGGCCCUGAGUGCCUGGGAGGGACCAAGCACCUCAAGGGCCCUGGGUCUCUGGGAAAGCCCAGUUAGCCCUCCCUCCUUGAUCAUCUCUGAGCUCCCUAAUCUUGCUCAGGGAUUCAGUGCCACCCAGGAUGAUCCCAAGCUGGAGACUCAGCCACUGUCUCCCUUGGAUGAGAGGGCAAAUGCACUGGUGCAGUUCCUCUUGGUCAAGGACCAAGCCAAGUUGCCCAUCAAGCGUUCAGAGAUGGUGAGGUUCAUCAUCCGUGAAUAUAAAGAUGAGUGCUUAGAAAUCAUCAGCCGUGCCAGCCACAAGCUGGAGUGUAUCUUUGGUUAUCAAUUGAAGGAAAUUGAUCCCAAAACCCACUCUUACAUUAUCGUCAACAAGGGGCAGAAGGGUGACUCAGCAGCACCCUAUUUUGACAGGCCCAAGCUAGGCCUCCUGAUGGUGGUCCUGAGCCUUAUCUUCAUGAAAGGCAACUGUGUCAGACAGGACCUGAUCUUUAAUUUUCUGUACAAGUUAGGGUUGGAUGUCCGGGAGACUCAUGGUCUCUUUGGAAACACAAGGAAGCUCAUCACCGAAGUGUUUGUGAGGGAGAAGUACCUAGAGUACAGGAGAAUCCCCUUUACUGAGCCAGCGGAAUACGAGUUCCUCUGGGGCCCCCGGGCAUUCCUCGAAACCAGCAAGAUGCUUGUCCUGAAGUUUUUGGCCAGGCUCCAUAAGAAAGAUCCACGGUGCUGGCCAGCCCAGUACUAUGAAGCCUUGGCUGAGUGUGAGUCUGAAGAUUUGGAUGAGGAUGAGCCUGGCCCCGGUGAUAAUGCAGAUGACCCCACCAGCAGCCCCCCUCCCCACUAAUGAGGUUUAGCAAAUCUCUUAUUUUUCCUUUGGGUCCCUGGCCUGAGGCCACUGACAGGGUGGGGUGGGGGGGGACGUUUUGUUUCUGGUGUUUCCGUUCCAGUUCUAUGUGUGUAAGUUUGGAUUUCCAUUUGCUUUUGUAUCUGCCAAAGCUUUGUACAUUUUCAUGUGGUGUUGAUUUCAACUGGCUACUGUUCUAUUUGGUAUUUUGGCAUCUGUAUUUUUAAGUGAGAUCUGUGACUCUCUGUUUGUGUUAUAAUUGUGUUAUAAUUGUUUUGGUAUCAGAGUUGUGCUGGCUUUGUGAAAUGAAUUGAGAAGCUAUCCAUCUCAUUCUGGUACAGAUUAUGUAGCGUUAAAAUAGGCUGUUCUUUGAACGUUAAAUGACUCAUCAGUAAAAGCUGUC